AUGGCUUGUUGCCCGACGGAAAAGGAAUAUGGCUACGAAGAUAGCAGGUUUGAGAAAGAUGUCGACGAAAAUUUUCAUUGUUCAAUCUGCUACAAUGUUCUUAAAGAACCAAGGAUGUGUAGAAAUAAUGAACACGUCUUUUGUCUUGCCUGCAUCAGUAAACAUCUGAAAGUAAAUUCUCAAACUUGCCCCGAAUGCAAUGAACAUUUGAGUGUAGAUACGCUUCGUCGACCCCGUGUGUUGAAUAACAUGUUGUCUAAACUGAAGAUUAAUUGUGAUUAUGCCAGUCGAGGAUGUCCUGAGUUUACCUGUGUUGAAGAUCUCAAAACUCAUCUUGCCAAUUGCGAGUUUGCUCCUGUGUUUUGUUCAAAUGAAAAUUGUGGCAUGGAGAUUAACAAGCAAGACCAGGUCCAUCACGAGACUGAAGUAUGUGGAUAUAGGAAAGUGAAAUGUCAUGAUUGUGGACAGACACGAGAAGUUGUGGGAAGAUUGGAAGGACGUCUAAUGGAACUGGACGGGAAAGUGCAAACUGUGGAGAAAAAAAUGGAAAACAACCAUGCUGAAGUGAAAAAGAUUGUCGGAAAAUUAGAAGGCAGUUUAGUGGGAAUGAAUAAGAAGAUCAACGAAGCAAUAAAGAACGGCCAUGAUGAAAUGAAACAAGACCAACACAAAGAAAUGGCAGGUAUGAAAGAAAAUCUUUGCAAAGUGAACAAAGACGUGGACGAAGUCAAAGUCAUGAUGAGUCAAAUGUUAGAGAAGUUUAAUAUGCUUGAACUGCUCAGCAAACUGCCAUCUCCGACCGAGGGAAUGUUUAAUACACCUAGGGAAGACAUUUUGAUUGCAGGUGGCUGGUGUUUGAGACAAAAAGCAGAAAUAUUUUCCUGGGAGAAAAGUGGUUGGUAUGAAUUUUCCCAAAUGAAUGAAGGACAUCUUGGAGCUUCAUCAUUUAUUUCUAAUGAUCAACUAUUUGUUGUUGGGGGAGAGGGUACUACGACAAUAGAAACCUUGGAUCUCAAUGAAUUACCUUUGAAAUGGAUGGAAUUUUCUGACAAACUUCCUUAUGCAGGUGAUGAUCAUCAAACUGUUGUUUACAAACAGCGUGUCAUUCACAUUGGUGGAUAUAAUCGUGACGAGGGUAAAACGUUUAACGCGAUUAGUGAAUUGCAACUUACCUCACCUUGCACACUGAAAGAGUUGUGCCAAAUGCUGCAGCCACGAGAGGGUCAUGGCGCUGAGGCUUUUGAAGAUAAAGUCUUGAUCUUGGGAGGAAAAGAUGAUAAUUAUGAUGUUUUAGACAGUGUGUUGGAGUUUGAUCCAGAGAAGAAUGAAUGUAAGGAGCUGCCAUCAUUACCACAUCCCCUGAAGAGAAUGGCAACAGUUCGCUGGAGAGAUCAAGUAGUUGUACUUGGAGGUCGUGAUAAGGAUGAUCAAGUUCUGAAUGAUGUUUUCAUGUAUGACUGCAAGACGGGCAAGAUCACAGCCUUGCCAUCCAUGUUGGAGAAGAGAUAUAAUUGUUGUGCAGUUAUUACUGGAAAUACAAUUGUAGUCAUGGGAGGUAGGAAUGAGGAUGAUGAUCUCAGUUCAGUGGAGUGUUUUACAAUGGGAGGUUCUACAUGGAAGUAUCUUCCCAACAUGAAUAACGAAAGAUCUGGAGCAGUUGCCGAACUUCUACCCUCAACAAGGAAAUGUGUGUAUGUUUGA